AAGGAGAGUCCCUUCAGCAGCCUUUAGGCAGCAUCUCUACGCCCUGGCCGGGUAACCUAGUAUCCAAUUAACCCACAGUACAAACCUAAUUAAUGCAACUAUUUUGGUUAAAGGAUCAAGUAAUUAAAUCAUCCAUUUAUUUAACAGCUACAUAUUUGGCACUCAAUUUGAAUGUCCAAACGAAAGUCAUAUCACUUGCUUUAUUGACCUUGAAUGGGAAACCUCACGAAGUUUUGGUUACGCAUACCAAUUACCUGCUAAUAUAAAGUCAAGAACACAUUACUCGCAAUUCUGGUUUCUCGCUGCAGGUACUACCAGCUGAAAAAUAUCUAAACUAUGUCGCAAUCUGUGUUGCUAGAGAUGUGGAAUACGCUUAAAAAUGAAUUCUCGAUUGAGAAAUUACCAUUGCAAUUAAAUCGUGGCGAUAGUAUCUAUGAAUCUUGGGUACUUCCUAGAUGGGGUCUACUUCUCCUUCGACUUUUGAUAUCUACAUUCUGUAUAAUCAUCAUAGUCGUCAGCGUUGCUCGAUGGCCAGAACCAAGAUGGCUUAUUUACCUGACAAAUUGGAGUUAUCUUCUUCUGACUAUCACUAUGAUUGGACUGACGCUAGUUAGCAUAUUUCAUGUAUUUAAAAGGAAGCAAGCCUUGUAUGGAAAUUCACCGGGUGCGUACGAAAUGAAGGAUACUCAAAUAGCAAUAAAUCAGAUGAUAGACCAGAUUGAUCAAAUUGGGGAUUCUGAAUCGACAAUGCCUUUAGAGAGGGACGAUGUAGCGCUAUCUUUAAUUUGGUAUGAAAAGAUAGUUUUGUUUCUCUGGGUUAUAUCAGCCAACGCUGGUUUGCUUGUUACCAUAGAGUAUUGGAUACUGGUUUUUAGACCUCCAACAAGUUUCAUGGAUAUUUCUGUUCACGCAUUAAAUUCAGUGUUUAUAUUGACUGAACUAUUCACUGCAAAUACAUCUGUUCGUGUUUUACACUGGAUUUAUGUGCUGCUAUUUUCUAUAAUUUACGCUGCGUUUACGGUCAUUUACUGGGCAGCUGGUGGAGUAAACAGCAGAGGAGAGCCAUUUAUUUACCAUAUCCUGGACUACGAGAAUGGCAAACCAGGUUCUAUAGCAGCCGUGCUGAUUUGCUCUCUUUUUAUUGUUGCACCUUUGAUACAAAUUAUUUUAUACGGAUUCUAUCGCAUAAAAUUGCUACUCAAUAAAAAGAGGAAUGGUGAUAAUAAUAACGUAGUUACUUGAGUAAUAUUUGUAGAAUCAUGUGUAAGUUAGUACUGUACUUCAUAGUCUGUAAAAAUGUCAUAAGAUUAAGCAAAACAAUAGAAAACUAAUUAGACAAUUACGAGCAGGAAAAUUUGGAUUGCGUUUAGUUGUGAAUUAGCUUGUGAAGUUUUUUUACUGUGACUAUUAU